UUGGCAAAAAUUGGCAAUAAAUUUUGAGUCUGCUUGGAAUAACCUUGCCUGGACAGGGCAGGUGUGCCUUAUAUCAUUGCUAAGUGUAACACCAAGUUCAUUGUUGCGUUGGUAGUAUCAAAAAAAGCAGGAGAAUGAAGAAUAAGCGGCCAAUUAAUCUCACUUCAGAGCCCAUAAACUUCAUCUCUACUCUUGGGAUAUAUUCCUUCUUUUUGUCGCCUCUCUUUCACUUGAUGUUUGUAAUCAACUGAUAUAUACACCACCGUGCUUAGUCUCAAACAGGGGUGCAUCCCUCUCGUCCGAAGGACUGAAUGCCCAAAAAUUCUCCUGUUCUAUGAGAACUCAGUUUUCAAAAGUUUAAAAGAAACUACUCUGAAAAUUGCAGUCGGAUUUGGAAAGUUAUAAAGAUGUUGAUUGGUUGAAUUUUUUGGGUAUUCGAUCUUUCGGCUGUAAGAAUAAUCCCAGCUUCAAUUAACCAAGAUUUACAUUAUACGAAAAAAAUGAAGAUGAAAUUUAAUAACAAAGAAGAAAACGAGUUUGCUGGCAUUUCCCCAGAACUGAUAAAAAAAUGAUACAUUUGAGUUGAAAUUUAAAGAGUAUGUUUUCCUUCCUCAAUUAGAUACAUGAUGAUUGUUUCUGAAUUUUGCACUUUUUUUUCUUACCAUGUAAUUUCUUACUCAUUGAACAGUCUCACCUGAUUAAUUAUUGAUUAUUUCAGUCAGCCGUAAUCAAAAUUUCCUGAUAGAAACCGUUAAGAUUACGUAAGAGAAAGCAAAUUUUAUAUUGCCUCAUUUUUUUCCAAUUCCGAUGCAAACACAGUGCGUCCUUUUUCGUUUAAGUCUUUGAGAAAACAAAAAUAGAUAGUUAUUUCAGCUGGCCAAUAAUACUUGCUUUUAAUUCAUUCGUUUUUUUUGGCAAAGUAAUAUUUAUUUUUAAAGAAAUGACUUCAGAAUCAUCCGUCUCGAAAAUUAACUUAGAUAACAAUGAUUUUCACAACUGUCGUUUAUGGAGGAAGUUACGAUACGAAUCAUCUGAUCAGUUAUUUUCACUUAGCCCCAGUUUUACAGAAGAUGACAAAAUUGAUAAUUUAGCAAUAAUUCCCAAACAGUUUCGAGACAUUAAAAUCACAUAUGAAAAUUUAUCUGGACAACAAUCUUCUCUGAUAAGAACUAAUAGCUUUCGACCGGGGUCAAACUCAUCUACAAAUGGGCUAAAAGACAAAUCUUCAGAUGUUGUCAGAGGGAAACUGCACGGAGUUGCAAAUGGGGUCAUCGGGAGGUCAAAGGAGGCCAAACUCCGGGCAGCAGAAGAAAACAAGGAAGGGGAGGGGCAAUGGGAGAACUCUUGGGCGGGGCUGAUGAGGUACAAGCAGCAGAAGUGUCUUUUUAUGUAUCCCAAGAGUGUGGAACGGGAGUUGUUGUUGAUUCAUGAAGUGUACAGAAAACUCCUGAUGCAGAAACUGCAAGUGACGAUGUCGGAAAUGGAUGAACUGAGACGACCUACCAGAGUGCACUCGGGUGAGUCAUCAGCCUAUCCUAGUGACAUGGGGUUGGUGAGGAGCAUCAGACUGCAACAGAGGGUGCCCAGACCAGGAAACAACGAACUCAAUCAUGAUCAGAUCAGGUUCGCCCGUGUUGAGGAUAGAAGGGGACGACCCAGUAGUGCAUCAAUCCCGGGAAAAAGAAGCGGGCUUUUCAGAGAUGGUAAAAAGUCAACGUCUUCAAUUGACGCUCUAAACAUAGAUGUUCACCAGAAACAAACCCAGUGCAACGAAAUAUGCUUGCUUCUCAGAAAAUCUGAAAUCGAACAAACUGAUUUAGAAAAGGCUACCCAAAGGUCAAACACCACUUCUUUGUAUAAAUCGUUUGCCCAAAACAGAGAAAAACUUGCUCCAUACAAAGUUUCUUUGAAAGAUGGCGUUAGAAAAACUCAAAAUGCUCACAAAAGGCAGGCAAAUAACAGUGCAAUAAAACAUCAAAUAAAUUCGAAUCUCGGUUCACUUUCGAUGAAACAGAAAUUCGAUGAUGAAAAGUUUAAAGAAAACAACGCUUUCACGUCGAAAACAGCGAAAACGAAACUUGUUCAGAGGUAUACCCAUUCAAAUAUGCCAGCUGGUGUUGCAAAUUCGAACUUGGGGCUAAUAAAGACGGCCGAGAUGACCGAUUUUAGAGACUUCAGGCAGUUUGUGACAAUGACUUACAAUAAUAAUUGUGAAUGAGAGU